ACUUCCCUCCUCGCUCCCGCGCCCCCACGCACGCGCACACUCGCUCGCACUCUCUAGGCGCGCAGCCGGUACAAAUCGUGCGUGCCGGCGUCAGUCACGCACGGUGCCUUGAGUUCGCCCACACGCGCGCGCGCGUCCACGCCGAGCUGAGCUGAGCUGAGCAGAGCAGAGCAGGACUUGUUCGACCGGCAAUGGCGAGGGCAUUCUUACCCUCCGGCCUCGUGGCGGUGGUCGCGCUCGCGUGCCUCGCCGACGCCGCGGCCGCGCAGCUGCGGCAGAACUACUACGCCAGCAGCUGCCCCAGCGCCGAGUCCACCGUGCGCUCCGUCAUCUCGCAGCACGUCCAGCAGAGCUUCGCCGUCGCGCCCGGCACGCUCCGCCUCUUCUUUCACGACUGCUUCGUCCGGGGGUGCGACGCGUCGGUGAUGCUGAUGGCGGCGAACGGGGACGACGAGAGCCACAGCGGCGCGGACGCCACGCUGUCGCCGGACGCCGUGGAGGCCAUCAACAAGGCCAAGGCCGCCGUCGAGGCGCUCCCCGGGUGCGCCGGCAAGGUCUCCUGCGCCGACAUCCUCGCCAUGGCCGCGCGCGACGUCGUCUCCCUGACCGGCGGGCCGAGCUACGGCGUGGAGCUGGGCCGGCUGGACGGCAGGUCGUUCAGCAAGUCGAUCGUGAAGCACGUCCUCCCGGGCCCCGGCUUCGACCUCAACCAGCUCAACGCGCUCUUCGCCAGCAACGGCCUCACCCAGUUCGACAUGAUCGCGCUCUCCGGUGCGCACACGAUCGGGGUGACGCACUGCGACAAGUUCGUGCGUCGGAUCUACACGUUCAAGCAGCGGCUGCGGUACAACCCGCCGAUGAACCUCGACUUCCUGCGGUCGCUGCGCAAGGUGUGCCCCAUGAACUACCCGCCCACGGCGUUCGCCAUGCUGGACGUGACCACGCCCAAGACCUUCGACAACGCCUACUUCGACAACCUCCGGUACCAGAAGGGCCUGCUCGCCUCCGACCAGGUGCUCUUCACCGACCGCCGCUCCCGCCCCACCGUCAACCUCUUCGCCGCCAACUCCACCGCCUUCUUCGACGCCUUCGUCGCCGCCAUGGCCAAGCUCGGCCGCAUCGGGGUCAAGACCGGCUCCGCCGGCGAGGUGCGCCGGGUCUGCACCGCCGUCAACUAGCUAGCGUUUCCGUUCGGUCGUGUUUGUGUGCGUGUGUGUUUAGGCUUGGGUCCGUAGCUAGGCUGGUGAAUUACUUGUGAUGCAGAGCAGAUGCAGGGUGUUUUUGCCUGUGGGUGUGCGUUAGUGAGCUCAUACGCUACGUUUUGUGGUGGGAUUGUGUUAACCAUUCUUUGAUGGGGAUGUGGUAUCGAAUGGGUCUUAACGGAAA